CAUUCUUCAACCCGUCCCCUUCCUCUUUCAAGCCCAACUCACCACACUCGUUAUUCAACAUCAUGGCUUACAGCUGGCCCUCGAUUGUGCAGCUUGUUGUUUUCGGGCUCGUCGCUCUUCUCAGCGUGAUCCAAGCCAUCUUAGGCAUCGUUGUGAUCGUGGCUGGCUACUGGCCUGGCAUUGGCGGCCUCCUGUAUGCCCUAAUCACUCUUGGCUACUGCAUCCUCAUCUUUGUGGCACACAAGCGUUCCCACGUUGCUCUCUUGACCACAAAGUCCGAUAUUAUCAUUGCCUCGGUCCUCUGCGUAGUCGGCCUCAUCGUCGCCAUAUUCUGCGGCAUUGUCGGCAUCGGCACCUUUGUUCUUCUCCUCGGCAUCACCAUCUUCGAGUCCGUUUACGUUGGCACACGCAAGAUCUCGGGCAAGUGGACGAUGACACUGUACGACCUCGCCGACGUUGACGUGACCGGUGGCAGCGUCAAGCAGACCCACCAGGUGCACCAGCCCCAGCCCCAGCAGUUCGCAUAAGCGGAGAGCUCCGUCCGAGAGGAGUGUAGUGUACUACGCAGGAUGCCCCAA